AUGAUGGUCUCUUCAACACUGCUCUGUUUGCUGCUCAUAGCUGCUACCUUCAGCUCCCAGGUGCUUGCUCAGCCAGACAGUGCUUUCGUUCCAGCUACCUGCUGUUUUUCUAUGGCUAAGAAGAAGAUCCCCACUCAAAGACUGGAGAGCUACAGAAACAUCAGCAACAGCAAAUGCCCCCAGAAAGCUGUAAUUCUCAAGACCAAGUUGGCCAAGGAGAUAUGUGUUGAUCCCAAGGAGAAGUGGGUCCAGGAUGCCAUAAAGUCCCUGGACCAAAAAUCCAGAACUUCAAAGUCAUAA